AUGGUUUUGGAAAGACCCAAGAAAUCAGAAUCUCUGCAGGAAGAUGGCACUACUCUUAAAUUUGAAGAAUUGGGAACCACUGGCCUGGAGCAUCUUCUGGGACUUCUGAAAGUCAUCGUUGGCCCUGUGCACAGCAUGCGUGUGAAUCGGUGUGAUUCCUUGCUGUUCCCUGCGGGGCUGGUUCUUGUGCUGAGACACCACCCAGGUGCUGCCCAUAGACUGGCGUGUUAUUUCACCAGACGGGCACACGGUCGACCCAGCCCUGCCUGGAUCUAGCCAGGUGACCCGGACUCCUUUCUCUGUACCCGCCUGGUAUUUGCCUUUGCCUCAAUGCGUAACGACCAGAUUGUUUCUAAGCUUUUGCAGGAUGCGAGAAUUCUCUACUCAGAGUUCAACAAGCUCAAGGAGAGGAACAGGGAGCUGAAAACGCUGUCCAUAGGGGGUUGGAACUUUGGCACCUGCCGGUUCACCACUAUGCUGUCCACACUCACCCACCGGGAAAGGCUUAUCGAUUCAGUCGUCACCCUCCUGAGGAUAAGCUUUGAUGGUGUGGACCUCUGCUUCUCGUACCCUGGACUACGAGGCAGCCCCACGCGUGACCUGUGGACUUUUCUCUUCUUAACUGAACAGCUCCUGUUUGCUUGCCAGAAGGAGGCACUACUCAGCUCACAGCCAAGGCCGCUGCUCUCUGCUGCUGUCUCUGGACCGCACAUCAUCCGAACAGCUUAUGAUGCAUCUGGAAAGGUGAGCGGACUCCUGGACUUUGUCAAUGCCUUGUCUUAUGACUUACAUGGAAGCUGGGAAAAGGUCGCAGGACAUAAGCCCCUGUUCUCUAGGCCCGGAGACCCCAAAUCUUCAGCGCAUGCCAUCAAUUACUGGCCAAAGCUGGGAGCACCCUCAGAGUAGCUCCUCACGGGGUUCCCCACCUGUGGAUAUCUGUUUCACCUCCUCAAAGCCUCUAAGAAUGGGUUGCAGGCUGAAGCUAUAGGACCUGCAUCUCCAGGGAAGCACAUCAAGCAGUCUGGCUUCUUGGCUUAUUAUGAGAUAACAGGCUUUCUCCAGAGAGCUAAGAAGUGCUGGAUUGAUUAUCAGUAUGUCCCAUGCGCCUACAAUAGGGAGAAGUGGGUUGGCUAUGAUGAUGCCAUCAGCUUCAGACACAAGGCAUUGUUCAUAAAGAGAGAACAUUUUUGGCGGGGGUGGGGCAUGGUGUGGACAUCGGACCUGGAUGACGUCAGGGGCGUUUUCUGUAGCACUGGCCCUUUCCCCCUUGUCUACAUGUUGAAUAACCUCCUGUUGCAGGCUGAAAAGGAAUUUAGUGCAACUCCUUCACCAAAAUUUUGACUCUUGUCUACUGUGAAUUCUUCAAGAACUAGCCCUGAAAGGCUGAGUGUGCCCAAGACAUUGGCCGCUGAUUCUGGGAUUUUGCUCCUAGGAAGAGAGGUUAUGGCCACUGAGACCUUUCUAGAAGGGAAGACUGAGACUCCUGCAGAGAAGACCAUGACUCCUGUGGGUCAUCAGUCUGAGAUGACUAUUGCCUUCACGCAUCUUCAUACUGAGCCCUCUGGAGUGAAGAUCAUGCUCCCUAGAAGGAAGUCUAUAGCACCUGAAAAGAUGACUCUCCCCUCCAGAAAGAUGACAGUUAUCCCUGAUGGGCACACUAAGAUGCUAAGAGGAAAGAAUCUGACUUCCAAGGUGGACACUGGCCCCCAGGUAGGUUACUUUGGUGUUUAGAUGGAUGCUGAAAACAGGGUCUGGCCCUGUCAUCUAGCUCCCAGGAUGCAUUCCUUUUUUGACAACCAUUCUUCUGUCAACUUAAUGACCCUUCCAACAAGUCCUCUCUCUCUAAAGAAAGAAAACCCAGAAAACUCUGCUGUAGAUCAAGAAGCCCAAGCUUUGUUGGUGGGCAACAGCUGGGGAAAGCCCUCGUCUUCUCUUCUAGGUCACCUGACAGUGGCUGUCUGUGCCCGGCCAUUCAUAAACCACUCAUGGGACGAAGCAGGCCUCAAAGCCACAGUGAAGGAACCUCUUUUCUGUUGA